AUGUCUCAUGCUCCCCGUGUUCUCCUAACUGGUCAAAGUGGUGUUGUUGGGAGCCCCAGGAGUAGGAAAAACCUCAAUUAUACAGGUACUUACAGAUACAUAAAUCCAGGAGUCACCACACUUGUGACUAUUGUGCGAGAUGUCUCGUGCUCCCCGUGUUCUCCUGUGUCUCUGUCCCUGAAUAGUCCUGACGCACCAGAACUGGUCAAAGUGGUGUUGUUGGGAGCCCCAGGAGUAGGAAAAACCUCAAUUAUACAGCAGUUCGUUUGGAACAACUUCGUGCAAGAGUACCUUCCCACCGGAUCACGGCACACCUACUACCCGACGGUUAUCAUCAACGGGCGUGUGUACGAACUGAAGAUCACGGACUUGCCAGCCCUACCCUACUUCCCGGUGAACUCCGUCUACGAGCUGACGGACCUGCAGGACUACGGGUUGAGGGACGCCAGUGCCUACAUGAUGGUGCUGGACCUGUCCAACCUGGAGACCUUCCAGUACCUGGAGAACGUCCGGGAGCAGAUCGCCGAGAGUCGCGAUAUCGAUGCAGUGCCUCUGUUAGUGGUCGGCAACAAGAUAGACCUGUUCGAUAACGAAGAUGACGAGUGCCUUGCGCAGCGGCGUGCGCUGAUGGACCGAAUCAAAGCCGUGUGGGGCUGUGGGUACGCGGAGUGCAGUGCCCGCUACAGCUCCUUGGUCUGCCAAGUCUUUCGGCAGAUGAUGCUAGCUGUGGACCAGCGGGAGAUGUCCUCGGCCACCCACGCUUGUCCCUCACUCCUCGCCAACUUCAAUGACGCCCUCGGUGGUUCCAAGUGCUCCAUAUUAUGAGAAUAGAACAAAAACAACCUUGGUGGAAUGUUACCUGAACUGAAGACUGAUGAAUGGUAUACUUAUUCAAAUUUGUUUCGCUGAAUAGCAUAUACAUUUUGCAGCAUCAUAAAAUACUUGUUAUAAAAUAGCAGUUGCUUAAAGGCUAUUUUAUCUCUUACUAACCUACAAUAAACAGUAUUCUCAAUAAAAGGACAUAAUUAUAUUGCUAUCUGUCUUGAAAGAUCUUUUUAACUGAUCUUGAUUCUACACUGCUAAAUCAAAAAACGAUGCAUUAAGUUGAUCGUGCUAUUAAUAAAUAAAAAAGACUGUCUUAUAAACGAAUUCGAUUAUUCAAUAACAUCAUAAUGAAAACUGCACUUAAGGCCAAUCCAAAUGCAUUUGAAAUCAUUAUCCAUUUUAGAUGACGUUAAGUUUUAACCCUAAUCGUAAAAGGCUAAGAAUGUUUACAGUGCUUAGGUAUGUUCUACUAUUUAAAUAUUAAAUUACGUUUUAUUUUUAUUCUUAACAAGGAAAGUAACUUUGCCUGCUUAAAGAGUUAGGCAAAUCUUGUCUCCUUAUUUUUUAGAGGUUAAAUAAAUACUUUGUACAUAGCUGGUCAGGAGAAAUAUUCUCCCCAAUGUUUCAGUGCCAAAAAUGCUCUUGAGGAGUUUAUGUCAAUAAAUAUUGGAUUCAGUAAGAUAUACAGUAAAUUAUUAUAAAAUACUGACCAGAUAGAUUUUAAGUAGUUAGAAAUAUAACAUGUAUUAGAUAGAUAUAUUGAUAUAGUAGCCCAUAAAAUAUUGGCUUAUAUAUGCAUUUAACUUAUACGUACGAGUAUACCAAUGUAGUAUUUUUACUUACUGGCAUUACUACUGUGAAUAACUAUUCUUCUUAUACUAUUUUUUUAAUAAAACUAACUUCAAAACUUAAA